GACCGCGGCCCCCUCGAUCCCGUCGACGAAACGAUGCCGUCCAAACGGGAAAUCCGCCGAGGCGAAGUCCUGCUGGAAGAGAAGCCCUUCGUGUGGGUGCUGUGCUCCAAGUACCGAACGGAGCGGUGCGAUUACUGCUUCACCAAGUGCCAAUUAUCGAAAUGUUCGGUGUGCCGAAGCGUCUACUACUGCGGAAGGUCGUGCCAGAAGGAAGGCUGGACGAUACACAAACUGGAAUGCCAGUAUCUGAAGGGAAUAGCGCCGAGAGUGCUGCCCGAUGCGGCCAGAAUGCUGGCCAGGUUGAUCAAGAUCCUCGAAAAGGGCGGACACCACACCAAAUCCUACUACACCGAUAAGAAAUACAGGAAAUUCAAAGACCUGAUGUCCCAUUAUCCGAACCUGAAGAACGACCAGGCCAGGAUGGAGCACUUCUCCUCGCUCUACGGCGUCCUGUACGAGUUCUUCAAAGGCGAAUCGCUUCCGAACUCCGCCGAAUUGAUGGGCAUCUUCGGCAGGAUGUGCGUGAAUUCCUUCAGCAUAUGCAACCAGGAAAUGCAGAGCCUCGGCACCGGCAUGUACCUGGGGGCCUCCGUAAUCGAUCAUUCCUGUCAACCCACCGCUGUCGUUACAUUCGAAGGCACCACGCUACAAUUGCGAGCCCUAGAAGCUCUCCCCGAUCUGGAUUGGUCCAAAGUGUUCAUCAGCUACAUCGACGUGAUGGCCACCAAGAGGGAGCGCCAGAGGGAGCUGGAGCAAACGUACUACUUCCUGUGCCGGUGCGGGAAGUGCUCGGGGCCGGAGCCGAAUCGGGAGAUGACCGGGGCCGCUUGUCCCGAGGAGACCUGCGGCAAUUGCAUCGAUUCGGUGAACAUGAGAGCGGGCGACCAGUGUACUAGAUGCGGCGCCGUUAUCACGGAGGAUUUCGUUCGAACGUUCGAGGAUGUCACGGAAAUGACCAACUUGCACUUGGAGAAUAUGAAGGAAACUACUUAUUUGGACGUUUGUAAGGCGUGUUUGAGCAAACAGAAAGGCGUGUUUUACAAGAAGAACGUGAAGCACAUAAAAACUUUGGAUUUGGCUUUCGACAGUAGCGUGGAGUUUGGGAAAUUCGACGAGGCCAUCGAGUACGGCUUGCGGAUCGUCGACAGUUUCCACGAAUAUUACGGCGAUAUUCAUCCGAUGACGGGAUUGCUGCGUUUGAAAUUGGCCAAGUUGCUGCACUACCAAAACGACGCGAAAGAGGCCAUGAAACACCUUCGAAUAGCCAAAGAUAUUUUAGCGAUCACCCACGGAACGACGAGUUCUUUGUUCAGAGAACACGUCUUCCCGCUUCUUCAGGAUGUAAUGUUAGAGAACAAAAAUUAG